AUCUACCUAUUGGUCAGCCACAACAAUAACAUAUGAGAAAGUUCUCCGAAGUGAAUAAUUGUUAAUACGACUACAAGAGAUUGUUAUACCGUAGCGUCUUUACUUCUUUCACCUUGUCAACAUCCUCGACCUUUAGAAAUGUCCGAAUAACAUCUCCACACCACAACCCCAGAUUGAAGAGAUGUCUCGAAGUAUUUUGAUCCUUGUUUUCAUCAUCACCAUUUGUUUUGCAAACAACGUUACCUCCAAAAAGAUUGCGCUUACUGGCUUCAAGCAUAAGAAUCCUUCUCCAACCAAAACUUUCAUUUCGUCAAGCAUCAAAGUCUCCACGAGAGCACCUGCGCCCACUACCCCUCCACAAAAACCGGACUUUCCGACAUUUCAUGUGGUCAAACGAGUGACAGUGGCCGAAUCAUGCGGCAACUAUCAAAUUCCGAAUUUUGAUCUCGAAUUAUACCCCAGAGAUGUCUGUCUGGUCGACGAGAAUGGAUUGAUGUUUGGAACUUGCCAAACUGGUAUUUCAGAUCCGAGGAGUUGUGGUUGGGCAGGGGUCUGCGUCGACAAGCAUGCUUGUACAAGUAGUUGUGGAAGGACAUCAGUUCCAAAUAUAGGUGUUACAACUUGCGGUGAUAAUAAGGAUGGGAACGACUAUUGUGCCAUGUGGUAUCUCGUUUCGGAUACAUAUAUCUAUACAUCCAUCACAUGUAGUGAUAAACAGAGCUGGAAAACUUGGGAUGCCACUUUGGUCACACCGAUUUCUGUAGAUCUCGCCACCAAUUUUCAAACCACCACAGCAACGUCGAAAACUUCAAAAACGUCGGCAACGCCAAUACCUACAAUGUCAUCAAAAAGUUCAAGCACACUGACCAUCUCAAUUGGAAGCCCAAGCGGCGAAGGUAACAGCACCGUCGAUACAGGUUCUCCAGAUAGCAAUCACUCCCUAGGUGCCAUCAUCGGUGGAAUUUUGGGUGGAAUUGGUGCUGUCUCAAUUUUGGGGUUUCUUGCCUGGUUCUUUCAUCAUCGCAGAGAGUCAAAGAAAAGAGCCAGCAGAGCACUUGCAUACGAUCCUGGACAUUCUUCCUCUGAAGUUCAUGACUUGCCCAAUGCAAUGAGUGCGACUCAAGCGGAGUCUGCUCAUCACUCCGUAAGGUCGUCGAAGCCCCCCGGAAGCCCUAACCAAGGAUAUGUCCCGACGGGAUAUACGGAUAGUCCAUUUGGUAGUCCGGGUGUUGAUAAUGGUAGUAUACAUACCGGUGGAAUACUGACUCCAAGCGCUAUCAGUCCAAGCAUGAGUCCGAGUUUCAUGGCACCGGGUGACGCACAAAGCAUGCAUAGCGCCUAUGCUGACCGGCCUUUGUAUGAAAUGCAUGCGGAUCAAAUUGUUCAUGAGAUGCCUGCCGAUCCCAUCGGACCUAGAGAGUUACCAGCAUGAAGGUCAAGCGAUUUUUGACUAUGCAUCGUCUACGGAGUUGGGGAUCAUUGCAAUGGGGGGUUUGAAGGGUGCACUGCACAUAUGGCGUUAUUCGGAAGUUGGAGCUUGUCAAUGGGUCGAGCGUUUCGAAGAAUCAUAUUUGGAGUUUUCUAGGGCUGCUAAUUUCAUGACGGGAGGGAAAUGGACAUACAAUUUCGUUUUGACAUGGUUUCGAAGAUAGGGGAUAAUAGAUUCGUAGGUAAUUAUCGGAAUUUAUUCAGGGUCACUCAGAGUCUUCUCCUUAGAGUUGCCUCGUUGGGUAAUCCUAUGAUAUAGAUUUCAGAUUUCCUAGUUAAUUAGAUCACACAAAACGAGGAAUAAUUAGGGUUUAUAAACUCAAAGGGUAAUAACUUCACGUACAAUUUUAAGCUCACUUGUUUC